AUGGAUGCUUGGGUUAUUGUGCUACCUGCCCUCGUGGCAGUUGCCUCCGCCGGGCUUUUCGGUGGCGGAGGAGGAGGCGGAUUCGGCGGCGGUGGCGGUUUCGGCGGCGGUGGUGGUUUCGGCGGUGGAGGCGGCUUUGGAGGCGGCGGCGGCGGCGGCGGUGGCCACAUCAUCUCCUCAUCCGUCUCCUAUGUCGCCAAACCCGUGGUCAGCGUCGGCUACGUUGCCAAGCCCGUGGUCAGCUACGUCGCCAAGCCCGUUACGACGGUGACACAUGCGCUCAAGCCGGUGCUCACCUACACCAUCUCCAGUGGUGGUGGAGGAUUCGGGGGAGGCGGCGGUGGAUUCGGUGGAGGCGGAUUCGGUGGUGGCGGAUUCGGCGGAGGCGGUGGCUUCGGAGGCGGUGGUGGCGGCGGCGGCCACGGCGGAUGGGACUGGUGGUGAAAAGAGAGCCACCUGCUAGCCAACGGGUAUUUCUCUAUUUGAUCAAUCUGUCGUGGGAUGCUGCACCUUCAGCGAUGAAAAGGUCCCUACCGACCAACCACAAGCCAGCAAACGCUGCCAAAGACGCUGCCAAAACCAGCGUGUCUACAGUGCCUUCAGGAAAAACGAAUGAUACUCCACUGCAGGAAGUUUCAGAGACUCAACUUCGGGUACCUGUCAAUAAAGCUUUUUUUGUUGUUUCAAAAGUUA